CGGAGCGCGCAUGCGCCCCCACCUCUGGCCGCCCCCCUCUUCCCGACCCGAUCGAUUUCUCAAGGUGUUCCCUGCCCGGCUGAAGAUGGCGACUGAGUAAGGCGGGCGGCGGGCGCGGGAGGGGGAGAUGGACGGGCCUGGCCGCCGCGCCCGGGCGCUCCGGAGUGGCCUGAAGCGCAAGAGGAAAGGCGAGUGAGGGCUGCCCGCUGCACAGGGAGGACGGGAGGGCCGAGGCAGGCGGGGGGAGGGACGGAAGAUGGAGCGGGCCAAACGGUGAGCCCGGAGCGCCGGACCCAGCAGCCGGGACGCCCGGGAGGAGGAGGGGGGAUGCCGGGGCGGCGCGGCGCGGCCUCCUCCCGCCAGGGCUGGCCAUGCUGAGAGGCGCCGCGGCGGCGCAGCACCAUGCGCGGCUCCUGGGCAGCCCUUAGCAGCCUCGCGUGGGGAGGCUGGGGGCGUCCGCGCGGGGCUCAGCGGCGGUGGAGGAGGCGCGGGCGGGGCCGGCGGGCUCUGGUCGCGGGCCGCAGGGGGAGCCGCCAUGGGGCCGCCCCUCCCCUUCCCUCCGGGCCUGGGCGGCGGCAGAACCGGCGGUAGGUGACAUUCUGCUCGCGGAGGGGGCGGCCGGAGGAGCGGCGGAGCCCCGGAGGGCCCCCGCCGCCGCCGCCCCCCGGCCCGUCUCCGCGCCGCCCCCAAAAAAUAUGACCAGCGGCGCUUGGAUGCAGCCACGAGAACAUGAGGCCGCCGCACUAGCCGCCCGCCUGGGCCAGCCGGAGAAGCCGUGCGCCGACUCGGAGCGGGCGCAGAGAUGGCGCUUGUCGCUGGGCUCACUGCUCUUCUUCGCCGUCCUCCUUUCCGACCGCCUGUGGCUCUGCGGCGCCGCCGCCGGAACGCGGCUCCGAGCUGAGGCCAGGAGCUCGGGCAUGGCGGCGCCCGGGGCAGCCCUGGUCGGAGGGCCGCUCAAUCGGAGUGCCGAGGGCCCCGCCCCGCCGCCACCCCCGCACUGCUCCGCCGUCGCCGCCGCGGCGCGGCCGGAUUUGAGCUCGGCCUGCUCCCAGCGGCGCCUCUUCCAGCAGGGCUCCCUGGCCGCCUUCGCCGCCGUGCCUCUCCGGCUGUCCGCGGCCGCCGCCGCCGCCGCCUCCUCUCCCCAGCUGGACUUCCUGGAGGGACACUUUCGGACCUUCCGCCUCCCCUUUUGUGACGCUUACACGGCCUGGGACCUGCUGCUCGGCAUGGCCGGCCCGGAAAGCUUGGACUGCAGCUUGUCGAACCUGCUGAUGGAUUUCCUGUCGGCCGCUGCGGGAGCCCAGCGCGGGGAGGCCUGCAGCAGCUGCCUGGAGGCCUAUCAAAGGCUGGACCAACACGCUCAGGAAAAAUACGAGGAGUUCGAGCUUUUGCUGGAGAAAUACCUGCAGGCCGAGGAUUAUUCUGUGCGCUCCUGCAUCAGAGACUGCAAGGCUGUCUACAAGGCUUGGCUGUGCUCUGAGUAUUUUGAUGUGACCCAACUACAGUGCCAGCACCGGAUUCCAUGCAAGCAAUACUGCCUGGAGGUGGAGACCAGGUGCCCCUUUGUGUUGCCCGACAACGAUGAGUUGGUCUAUGGAGGGCUGCCUGGCUUCCUCUGCACGGGGUUGUUGGAGAACCAGCUGCCUGACCAAGAAGCGAAAUGCUGUGACGUCCAGUGGGACUCCUGUGAUCCCCAACCGGAGCGCAGCUACAACACCUCCACCAAAUCCACCGAGUCGGAGUCAUUCCACAGCCCCCGCCAUGAAGCCCCCCAUCACCAGCAAGAGCAGCAGCAGCAGCAGCAGCAGCAGAGGAAGAAGAAGGAGCAGCAGCAGCAGCAGGAAGAGAAGCAGCACUAUCACCUGUAUUACCAUCACCACCAGUACCCUCCCCCGUCUCUGCUGCCGGUCUCUGCAGGGUCCCGCCUCAGCCACAGCAAAAUCCGGCUCUGUGUCCUAGUCCUUAUGCUCCUGCACACCAUGGUCUCCUUCUCCGGGGUGCACAACAGUGACGCCUUGAGCCUGGAGGUCCUUCCCGCCGUGGAGGAGAGCAUCGCCAGAGACGAGUGACUGAGCGCGAGGGCAGCUCCUCAGGCAAAAAGAAAGGGCGGGAAAGGCGCCUGUGGGGAAGGGGAGGGGGCAUUCCUUAUACCUCUCUUGGGGGCACCGGUUGGGUGACAUGCCAUGCACAGGCCCACCCCCAUGUGGAAACCCCCCACUAAGAGCAACUCCCCCCUCACAGGGCCGCCCUGGGAUGCCCAGGGGGCCUGUGUGGAAACACGGCUUCUAGGAGGGCUCCAUGAGCUCCUGGCAUGAAGCUGCAGAAGCCAGGCAAGGAAGGGGCAGAAGGGAAGGGGGGAGCAGGUGGCCUCCUGCAAAGGCCAGUGCCAGGCCCCGGGGAGUGACCCCUGCUGCUUCUGCCUCCACGUAUCCUGGGUAAAGUUCCUUGCUGGGAUGUUUCCCCUCUGGAGGGAGUAACUGGCCUGUGGCAGUGACAGAAUUGCCUGCCCAAGAUCCAAGUCCUGCGCGAGGCCCAUCCCAGGCAACCCAGGGGUUGAUGACAGGGUUCCUCCCUCCCCUGUUUCUUAGACCUCUCUGGCCCUCCCCCCCCCCCCCCCGACCAAGAGCUGCAAGAAGUGCUGAAGGGACCUUCCCAGGCUUCCUGUUGAGCCAGGGCCCAGGAGGAGGCAGCAGUAGCAGCAGCAGCAUCUAGUGGAGUCUGGAGUUCCACGUUCCCAGAAGGGCUGAAUUCCUUCACUGUCUGCCUCUCAUCUCUGUCAGAUGUCCUCAAACACAUGAAACACUGUAUUUGCCUGAAAGAAAGGCGAGGCUUUUCUCCAAAGGGAUUACUUUCAAAAUUGGAGGGUCGUCUUAGAUUCGUUGAAAAUGUGCCAAUAGAAGCCAUUUCUUUUCUGUUCUUUUUCAUUGAGUUAGUUUUGCAGGAAAAGGGGGCUUAUCUGCCAUGCGGGCUCAGGAAUUCUGGGAGCUGAAGCCCACCAGUCAUAAAAGGGCCAUGGUUCCCCACCCGUACUCUAAGAGGUAGACAUGCUGUCUUUCGCACAAUGGUAGGAAGUUAGAAAUGCCUGCUGUCUCCCCGUUUCUAGCACCCACCCAAGAAGAUUAUAGUUGACCUGAGAUGAUAACAAAUUCUACAAAUGUCCAAGCAAACACCUCUAAAUAGGCCCACAAUCUAUUUCCUCUAAGAAAUACGAGCCCAGUACUCUUUGGGGGAGGCAAUUGAUAGGCUUGUCUUGGCUCUUCAUAUAAUCUUAUUAACUGACUCAAGCCAAGUCCCUGCAACCAGUUCCUGAUUCUUUACAGAAAUUGAAGGCAUGUCCUUAUUUUUGGCUCAAUUAAUCCUCUACUAAACACUACUGGGUUUGGGUCCACAUUCAUUCCUCAAUUUGAAUUUGCCCAUGCUCUCUCUGCCCGCAUGGGCCCAUGGGAAAAAUGGUUCUAUGCAGACCCAAUGCAGGCAGGCUGUUUCUGAUACCCAAACAUUCUCUAUCUGAAAGUUAAAUUUUCAUUCAAGGAAAAAGGGAGAUGCUUAAGAGAUUCUUGACAUGGAAGUAUCUCUCUGUCUCUUUCUGGCUUUUUAAUCUUAUAUUAAAAAAAAAACAUUUUUGUCUCAAACCUCCCAUGAAGGCCCUCACUCUCAGAAAUGUGGAAAGUAUCAAAAAGACUAUUCUCCAUCAGCAGCUGGUGUGUUACAUAUCACCACUGAGGACAAAGAAUUAGUGACAACAAUGAGGGGUAUAAAGACGAGUGAGAAAAGUGAGCAGCACUGAAUAUGUGAUUUGUACCAAUAGAAGAGAAUAUUUGCAGCUAAGGAUUGGGCUGCGGGGUCCUUGGUGCUCUCUGAGCUUGGUGGCUUUCUUGCAGACAUUUCAUUACCCAACUAGGUAACAUUAUCAGUGUACUGAUAUCAGUGCAUGAAUUGUCUGCAAGAAAGCAACCAGAUUUGGAGAGCACCAAGGAUCCCAUAGGAUCUAGGUGGCUUGCUUGGAUCUAAAAUAGACUCAUUUAGAGCACACUUAGGUCAUAAAAAAAUUAACCCUUGUUUUUGGCUUCUCUGUAAUGUCCCACAAACCUUGAAGUGGAAUUAUUUUAAAAUUUCCAGAAAUCACAUUCAUUGUGGAUUUUUGUGCUCUCUGGUUAUAGGUUGGGCCACAUUCCUUCCUCCUUAAAGAAAAACUACUUGGAAUUGAAUGAUCAUAGCAAAUCACAGGAAGACUAUAUUGUUAUCUAUUAAUCCAAUUUAUUAUCAAAGUCAACCAACACAUUGGGUUAUUCUGAGGUCUGAGCUUUAGAACCUUCUGGGAGAUACUCAUCCAUCUCAAAUUUAUGAUCAAAGUCCUGAAUGCCCAAAGAGAGUCAUCCUCUUAACCCCACUGUAUACUAUGUAACAUGAAAACAGGAGUGCAUCUUGAUCCAAUCCACACAGUGCAUCUGCCUCAAGUAGAAGCUCCCCACUCGCGCUCUCUUUCAGAUUAAAUUUGCCUCUUGAGGGAAAGGAAGAAGAGGGUGAUGAUAAGAAAGGGAUGAGACUGAUCACUCCAAACCAACCUAUGCUUUCCAGAGGAUCUCCAGGUAAGGCUCCUCCCAAGCCUGUAAUGAGGUGCCAGGGAUUGAAGUGCCUGCACCUUGUCCUUGCAAAGGUGUCCCCCUCUCCACAUGCUUUGGUCCUUCUUGGUGACAUAAUUUCUAUAAGAAUUGGCUAUCACUUACAAUAUGGAGUUUAGUUCAUGAUAAUACAUGAUUUAUUUUUGAAACCAUAUGUUGCAUCAUGGUGGCAGAGCACAGUGAGAUCAAAAGAAGGCAUAGUUUAAAGUCCUAUUUAAAACAUACGGAAAACAAAAUUCUGAUACUGAAGCAACGCCUGGUUUCAUCUUUGCAAUGACAGAGUCAGCCUCUUGCCCCCAACAAUCUGGGUCCUCAGUUUAAUGACCACAGAAGGAUGGAAGGCUGAGUCAACCUUGAGUGAGUGAGACUCCAGCUGCUGAACAGGCUGGCAGUCAGCAGUCAGCAGAAGUAGCCUGCAAUACUGCAUUCUAACCACUGUGUCACCACGGCAAUACAGGUUCAUAUAAUGUUAAUAUAAAAGCAGAUUCAUCUAGUAUCUCUGCAAAGUGCAUCAUUCCAUAUUGUUUCUUUUACUAUUUGACCCAGUGACCCAAAUGCUUCUCUGGCCAGUUUUUGACUUUGAAUGUAAGUUCUUAUUGUUUUCCUUUAGUUUGUUUUUUUUGCCACGUGCUCUUCAAUUUUUACUAUUUUAUAUGCAUCCCUUAUUAUCACUUACUUUUUCUGUCAAAGUCUGGGCCCCUUUUUGUUCUCCUUGAAGUGAAUUUUCCAAUUCCCAAGGAAAUUUCUGAACUUUUACAGCUAUGUGGAUGCUACUAAAACAGCAUAGAAGCCUUUUUCUGGACCUGGUUGAUCCUUCUCCUCUAAACAAAAUACAUUCUACUCCAGUUACUGUAGUUUGAAAAAAGACUCUGGGCAUAAAGAAGGGAUUCAGCUCAAAAGCAUUAAAGCAGUCAGCACAUGGUCAGGAAGCAUGAAACACAAUGGCCUGGCCUUCCCGCACCCCUCCAGCCACAGGGACAGAUCACCCCAACGAAGUGUGAUUGACCAAGACUGAGCAUGAAUCAGGAAUUACCAGUACAAAAAUAUGCUGUCAUCUUGGAUUUGAAAUAAAGGAACCACCGAUUUUUUUUUGCUGGAUGAGUUGCAAUUACUUCUGUGGCAGCACCAAAUAUAGUAGUAGGGACUAGGGGUGGAGCGGGGGAGACCAGGCCCCUGCAGAGAAAGGCAGAGAGGGCAACUAGGGAAUCUGAAGAGUUUGCAGGUGUGCAGGGCAGACUUUGCAGCAGGAGGAAUGUGCAGCAUGUUGAAAGUUUUGAGCUCAGAUUUUUGCAAUUGCUGGCUGCAGUUUAAUGGGAGACAAUCUACCCUACACAUACGUUCUGUAUGAGAAAAGAAAGGUUUUGAUUCUACACAAUUUACACAUCAUUUUCUGUACAGACUCCCCCCCCCCCAUAGACUUUUACCUGGAGAAAGUUUGUACAGAAAUGACCCUUGUCAGGGAUGAACAGCCUGGUGGAUGCAACUGGAUUUUUAAAAUCAUAUCUUAGGUGAAAUGAUUGUGGGGAGACGGGCUCAGUCACAAAAUAGCUGCACCUGGGAUGGGACCAAAUAUAAAACACCGAUUUAUCAGCAGGUUACUGUUUCCCCCUCCUGGUGGGUGCCAAGCAAAGUGUCUCCUGACAUGGAUUUGCAAACAGCAUUUUGGAGAAAUCCAGGCAGAAGUUUUUAAAAGAACAAAUAGAGGAACAAGAGAGGUUGAAUGAGGGAAUGAAUUUGAUAUUUGUUUGUGACUCCUGCUUGUUGGGCGCCAGACUCACAAAUAGUGCAAGAGGGUCAAAUGAAGCACAAGCCUUGGGAAGAGAAUGUUCUGGCUCUCACAGAUCCUGUUAAAUUCUAGGAAUUGAAUUCCACACACCUUCAAGUUGUCAAUGUUGAGAAACACGGUUGUAGGCAAUUUCUAAGGUGUUCCAUGGAAAUAACAUCUGGUGAUAGGUGCUCCCUCAGAAAUAAUGACCCUACAGGAUUUUGAUUGAGGGCAUCUGAGAAUCAGACUUGCAGGUUUGAUAACAAGUCCAUAGAACAGAUCCAAAUGUGUUUAUUUAAAAAGCUUCUAUGCCACAUAUUAAAAUUUAAGUGGCAUAGAAGCAUUGGAUACUUAUUGUUCUUUAAAACUUUCAGAGUAUCCAUUAAACAUGAAAAAGCUUAUGAAUGUCACAAGAUAUGAUAUUUCAACUCUGAAUUCCAAAGUUCCCAAGAAAUAGUUAGGUUUUAGAUUCUUCCUAAAUACUUUCCAAAUGGCUAGCCAGACCAAAUUGAGGCAUCAGAAGAUGUUUUAAUUGAAUAGAUUGCCAUUCUGCAUUU